AAUAAAACGUCCACACAGUCAUCCGCACUUUCGAACCAUUCGAAGACAGAAGGAAAAACUCGGUGUUUUUCACUUUUUCCCUAGAGUAAAAUUGCGUGUUUCGGUCGAAAUUUACCGUCAAAGUGAUUGUGCGGUUCUCGAGAAUUCGAGUGAUACCAAAUUAACAAAGAAACGGCAAUGAAAGGUGCAGAAAUUUUGCGAUGAAGUGGUGAAAAUUUCAGAACAGUUUUUUUUUCUCUUGCAUCUACACAGACAAGGUUAACAAGCAAGCACAAAAAUAAGGAGAAGAAGAAUACAAAGUAUCGGAUUUUUUUUCGAUCAAGAACCGUACUGGCCUGCGCUGGCUCUUUUGGCCACCAAUCGUUAUUAUUUUAUUAUUGUUGCAGUGCGCGGUACCUCGGUGUACGGGGGCGAGUAAUAUAGCUUCGUAGCUGGUGCAGCUGAGGCGAGGUGUGCAUUGUGUUUUUGUUACAACAGCGUUCAGUGUUCUCUCAUCGGAGACACAGCGUGAAAUCAGUCACCAUUACUGAGUUGUCGACACACACCACCAGCGGCAUCGCCAUCAGCCAGCUCUGCCAUGGACACCGCAACGGGAUCCGGCUUGAUGGAGGAGUACGACUUGAUGAAGCAAUCCAAGUACCGGGUAUACAUGUCCAACAUCGACAAGACGCUGAAAAACUUUGAAUACUCGAGCGAGUGGGCCGAUCUGAUAUCGGCUCUCGGCAAGCUGAACAAGGUGAUCUCGUCGAACUCACAAUUUCAGAUCAUUCCCAGGCGAAUCAAAAUCUCGAAGCGGCUUGCGCAGUGUAUGCACCCGGCAUUACCCUCCGGGGUGCACUUGAAGGCUCUCGAAUCGUACGAUGUUAUAUUCAGUAACAUUGGAGUGGAUCGGUUGGCAUCGGAACUGUUCAUAUACAGUGCCGGUUUGUUUCCGCUGCUCGGCUAUUCAGCCAUGAAUGUACGACCGCCGCUGCUAUCAAUCUACGAGAAAUAUUUUGUUCCUUUAGGCGAAAAGCUACGGCCGGCUCUGAGCGGUUUUCUAAGCGGAGUAUUCCCCGGUCUGGAAUCGGGUCAAGAUCACUUCGAACGGACAAGUUCCUUGCUGGACAAAGUCUGUGAGGCCGUCAAACCUGAAUGUUUCUACACAUGCCUGUGGGAAUGUAUCGUCACUAAUGCCUCGGUACGCUUACCGGCCAUCACCUACGUGUUGGAUCACUUCGACAAGAAACGAUCCUGUGUCGAUCAGAAAGAACUGAUGGGUGGUAGCGUCGAGCUUUUGGUCACUGGGUUAUGCAGCUGCCUGAAUGAUUCGGUAAUCCUAGUGCAACGAAACACGUUGGAGUUUUUGCUGCUAGCAUUUCCCCUGCACGCAAUGAUUUUGUGCAAAAGAGACGUUAUUAAACAGGUGAAAACAGCACUGAACACAAUUCUAAGAAGAGAUAUGUCUCUGAAUCGACGACUGUAUUCGUGGCUCCUGGGAGCUGAUACAAGCCUGGGCAAACAUCUGGAAGACAUCGGUCACGAUGGAGAAACGUCCGAUCCGAACAGCUACUUCGAAGCCCACUCGAAAGAGGUCCUUAUCAGUGCUUACAAACUGAUCCUCAAGGCCAGCGUUGCCUCUAAUCCAGUCGAUCUGAGUCCCUACCGAAUAUUGAUCUCCCUACUGGAUAAAGCGGAAAUCGGUCAGCGAAUCCUGGAUGACGUCUUGUGCGACAUCAUUCGGACGAUUUCGCUGUGCAACGGCAAUCUGGAGGUGCAGAAAUCCGCCAAUCUAUUAUUCUCCACCUUCGAUCCGUCCUACAUCUGGAACUAUAUGACUACCCUGUACCGGGAUGGUGCCGUGAAAAAGCACAACCAAAAGCGACCUUCAAGCGGUGGUGGUCUUAGCAGUGCCAACAUCCGGGAGCACGUAAGAAUCGAUUCCGGUCCGCCGGGAACGAUCGAGGUGUGCUUCUUGACCGAGUUCCUACUGGAGACCCUAUCGCUUGAGAUGUAUAACGAAACGACCCGAGUUUAUCUGCCGAAAUUCUUGCUAUCGCUGAUUCGGAUGCUCACGGUGUAUUCGGAGAACAUGAACGCGAACGAGGUGGCGGCAUCGCUGAAGCUGUGCGUCAAAAUUGUCGCUAAGGUGCAACCGAUGAUCAUGUCCGAAAAGGUACUGGACCUCUCGAUCAGCACCCGCAGCAACAGCGUCACCCCGGAGGGACAGGAAGCCAAGGAAACGGUCGCCCUGGAGAAAAGCAACUCCGACUCGAAAAUCCACGAAAGUUCCCUGCAGGUUAACGACAGUUCCUUUGCGCGAUCCAACUCCAGCCAGGGGCUGAACAAGAAGAGCAAGUAUAGUAAAAAGUCGAAAAAAUCCAAAUCCUACACCAAAUUGAGCGAGCUGGAUCAGUCGAUUAGAGGUUCGAAUGCGAACGUGAUUGAAAAUGGAUCUCCCGGUGCAACAAUUGCAACGGCGAGUUCGACGCCGAAUCUGAAGAAUGAUGACAGUAAUGCUAGUAGCGCGGGAGGGGAAUCGAGUCAGGAGGAACGGCACAGUAUGAGCAGUAUUGGCGAGGAUGGUCAGUUGGAUGUUGUGAUAAAGCUACCAACGCAGCAAGUCCCGACGCGAAAGCCUUCUGGGUCGACUUCAGCACAGCUCCCGGAUUGUCCGAUACUGGAAAAAUGCAUCAAACAGUACGUGUUGUUCUACGAACUGUACGUUUGUAGGCAAAUAUUCGACGUAGUUUCAUCUGCGGGGAGCUCGGGGUCCUCGUCGGAACAGGUUAGCUUGCAGGGAAAUUUGUUCAUCAAUUCCGGGGAUACUAAGAGCUUGCUGAAUGAUGAUGUGUUUGUAAUUAAUACGUUACUGCCGGAAUUGGAGGAUACGUUCCGGGCACUGCAGAUUGAUGGGAUGUCGGAUAGUAGGAAAUUGAAAGCGAUUUUAGCAAAAUCGAUGGACUUACGACGGGACUGUGAACAGUGGAAUAGUACAGAAACUGGCCCGGAGCGAAAUUGUUUUGAAAUUGAACGACUUGUGGAAGGUAAUGAGAAGUUAAAACGACUACUCUCUGUUCGUGUAUCGGAAUCUUUGCGCAGUGCGUUGAAACUUGCGUGUAACGUUUUGACAGAGAUGUCUUCGUUUCCUAGUUAUGGAAGUGAUUGUGGUUUAAGUGAACGCUGUAACGACAUACCUGGAUGGUUGAAGGCGCUGACCAUUCUAACAUCGUUCAUUGGAGAUCUAGAUACUCAGCUCUCGGCAGCUCAGACUUUGAUCGACAUGGUUAGUUUGAUCCGAACGAAUGGUCGUAAACCGAAAUCGAGCAGUUCGGGUACCACGUUCGUCAUGAUGAUGCCCCUACUGAAGCUGUCCCAUGUGACGUACCUUGAGAGAAAGACCAGGGUCUUUCAGGUUUUGACGACCAUGCUGUGGAAUCAUUUGGAUGCAAGUCGUUCGGAAGCCAGGAAUAUCAGUGUCCUGCUUUACCGAAUCCAUAGCUGUUUGGAUACAAAAUUUACCGAGAAUGUGAUAAUCAGCAAAAUGCUCGUUGCCCCACGGAAACCCAUCUCAACCGAUCAUCGAAGUUUACACGUUUAUUGGUCCAUUCCGACGCUUUCAACAACGGAACUGAAAAUUGAUCCGAUGGGUUUUCGUCGGUUCCAGCUGCUGUGGAAACUUGGCCGGGAUACCCACCACGGAAAGGAAUUCGAGAAACUUUUGUUUAUGGUACUGGAUACUCUGACGCUUCCGGAUAACCUUUCGAUUCAAAUAUUUGUAUCGAAAUGGCUCCAGGAAGCUCUGGUACGUGGUGAUAUGGGACGAAUAUUGAAGCCGUUGUUGAAAAUUCUGCUGAACGAGAGCACCAAACGGAUGAGUAUCGUGUACACAAAGCGCUACCGGCAGGACAACGAUACCGGGAGUGAAUGGGAAAAGGAUCUUGUCGCAGACGGAGAUACGUUUCUGGAUAAGGAGUGUUUUGCUGUCAGCUCAGAGGAUGGAUAUAUUCGUUACCACAUGGAUAAUGUGCUGAGUAAAAAGCGGAGCCCGAUUCGAACGAUUCAGAAGAAGAUUUUCGGGGUGUCAAUUUUAUCCAAAUCCAAUAGUAAUCAGGUAUCCAAUUAUAUCACCAACGAUAGUUCGAAGGAGGUGGCUACAGGCGCUGCAGCGGCGGGGGACGAUUAUUCUAAGAUAUCGCUAAUAAUUAAUCCGUUGGAGUCGGAAUUGAACGGAAAGACUUCACCCGGUAGAGAAAUGCGUAAUCGGUCAAAUUCGACGGGAUUGAUCGAGUGUGAGCAAAGUGUUGGAUUGGAAACUGGGUCACUACCGAACGGAGUGGACAAGAAGGAGUUCCAUAGAUCAACUUCGGAUAUUGACGAAUCAAGCGAUGGAGAUUUUGAGAGGAAAAAGGGGCGAUUGAGCGGAGGAAGCUAUAGUAGGUCAACAACGGCUACGGAUUUCUACGACUCGGAAACUAUCAAACGGUACAUCGAGGAUGGCCCGAUCGUUGAUUUUGUUAGCAAAUCUGGGGAUCGGUUCAAAAAUCGUAAAACUUAUCUGAUAUCAUCUAGCGGUGCCAGACUGGCAGAUGACGAGGGCUUUGUUUCAUCAAUUUCGGAUAGGAAUCUCAACUAUUCCUUUAUUUCAAGCUCGUCAUCCGCCACUGUAACCGGAAAUGACGCCGGAAUCGUCUUUGAGCUAGGUCCGGAUGAGCCUACAGUUCCUGGUACGUCGGAAACGCCCUCUAGUGGUAGUGCUUUCGGUGGGGGAUCCCAACGAAGCAGCAGUACCAGUAAGGACAGCAGCAAGAGCAAGGAUAAUGAACCAUUCAGCUUAGGACGGCGAAAAAGUUGGAGGCAUUCUUCGAAACUGCACCCUUUCCAGUCCCAUUUUCUGAUUUAUGAGUCAAUAUUCAACACUAAGCAGAUCCUGUACACAUUGGAAACACUAAAAAACAUCUUGGCAAACGAUAGUAGAUUUUUCUUGUGCCUCUCGGUGACGACUUCAGUUUCGAGUAGCCAAAUCCGGACAUUACUGAUUCGGCACCGGAGGAAUAUCUUUGGUAAGGGAUUUUCCGAUGGACACGAUGAAGCGGAGUAUCAGGGUUUGUACAGAGGCUGCAUGUAUUUGGAGGUGAUUGUAACCAUUCUGCUUUACUACACUCGAAGCUUUUACCAGAAGGACGAAGAACAGAAGGCGCAGCCUUCGAGAGACGACAUCAACGGGAAUUCAAAGAUUCAGUUAGAGUGUAUAAAGUUGAUGACGAAAAUAUUUUCGGAACUGCUGUCUACUGUGAAAGACGUCGGUAAAAAUUUGGCCAACUACAUCGCUGAUCUAAUGGAAAAGUGUAAAGUUCAGAAGAUUUUGCUCUACUGCUUGACUUCAUCGGUUAACUACUUCACGACCCCCCAGUCCUACACGUACACGGAUGAGAUCCUGGCCUUCAAUGACCCAGAAAACACCCGUCUCAAUGCGGAAGCAUACCAAAUUGAGCUACUGAAACUACUGCUGGCAGUAAUCAAACUGGAGCAUGAGAUCAUGGUGCAAAGAAACGACGAGCGAUUCAUCGAAGGUAUCAAGAACGUUCUAUCGAGCAACUCCCCUACGCGACCAGCGCCAGAAAACAAGCGAAUCUACAAGUACAUUCCAAAUCAGCUGGUCAGCCAGCAACCAAUGUUCCUUUCGGCAGUUCUCUCCGCUCUGCAUGCGGAAAAACUUAAACCCAUUCACAAAAAUUGGACCGACAUGAUCACCUCCUGCCUAACCUGCCUGCCAUUGAACAAUCUGACCAACAUCGUCAUCAGCAUCAUUCAUCAACUGUGCGCUAAUCUGGACCGAAUCACAAAACGAGACCGAAUAUACAACCAGUGUACGGAUUACAUCGUCGCCCAGCUGGAAGCCAUCACAGUAUUGUCGCACUACUGUUUGCUAGACAGCACCCAGCAAAUUUCCCUAGCUAACGUCUUCAGUGCUUCAAACAGUACGACCUCGUCAGCGACCAAUUCCGGUCAGCUCAUUAACAGUAUAGUCAACGUGUUUCUCUCUUCGUCGCUUCUGAGUGGAAAUCAGGUCAAAAACAGCCAUCAGGAAGUAGCGAAGACAGCGAUUCUCAGUCACCUACCGCGAAUAAUCAUCACCAUUGCAACGCUUUGGGAAACAAGUAUUAGCGAAUUUCGCCACGUCAAACACCAGCUGUUGGAAUUUCUCAGUCCAAUCUCCUUGCACUACGGAACAAACUUCCUAACCGCAAUCUCUGUCGCGUGGUAUGAACGAAGCAGCGAUUCAUCGCCCAACAGCGUUCCAUCAAGUGCGGAUGGCAACCCAACGGACAUGAACAACGAAGCUGACUUCUUCUACCUUAUGUCCAAAGCUCUCCCGCCUGCUUGCGACAAUCAACUUCUACUGGUGAAACUAAUCUCCGGCAUCCGCAUCAUGUCGGUCGAUUCCUUCAUCCAAACCAUGCAUCAGGUGAUCAAAUCACCACCGCAGAUCUAUCAACCACCGGUCGGACUGAACCUCUCUGUAAGUGCUCUCGAAUUACUCUUUUUCUACCUGAAAAGUGUCGCCCAAACGCAAUUCAACGACUGCUGGAGCUCACUGUACGCCCUGCUGAAGGACUGUCUCAGCCUGCAAAUCCCGGCCCAGUUUGUGGCUCUUUCGAUCCUGAACGAGUUCGUCCAGCGCUGUCCCAACAUCCCGUUCAGUGACAAGAAGGAUUUGCGCGAUCUGCACGAUGUUACCUCGCGCCUUGUGGAAGCCAUCUCCAACGUGGCCGGUUCGUGCUUGGAGCAGACCACCUGGCUGCGGCGUAAUCUCUCCGUCAAAGAGGAAUUCAGCUCGAUCGAGAACACCAAGGACGGGCUGCUGAUGCCGUCGAAUCAGCACUACUCCAUUCAGGCGCAAUCGAUCCUAGCCGCCAUCCUUGCCCCACUACUGGAUGUUGCCUUUAGCUCGCAGGAGAAGGACAAAGUGAACACAAUCGUGACCGGCGUUAUGUACAACAUUGUGCCUUAUUUGAAAACCCACACCGUGAAGAACAUUCCGACGUUUCACGCGUGCUCCAACUUGCUGGCGAGUUUGAGUACUUAUCAGUACACUCGAAAGGCGUGGCGAAAAGAUGCUCUAGAUUUACUGCUGGAUGGAGCUUUCUUUCAGUUCGAUAGCCGCUGUUUGCCGUACUGGAAAACUAUUCUCGAUAGUUUGAUGACCUGUGAUAAUACCACUUUUAGAGAUCUUAUGAAUCGCUUGCCACUAGCACAAACUGGAACGUUGAACAUAUUCACCUCCAAAGAGCAGGAGUACGAGCAGAGGGCACUGCUACUGAAACGGUUAGCCUUCGUCAUCUUUUGCAGCGAGUCAGAUCAAUAUCAUAAAUAUAUGCCAGAAAUUCAAGAACAACUUGCCAACAGCCUGCGACUACCACAGGUUGUACCGUUGAUCCAGUCGGCAGUAUUUCUAUGCUUCCGAGUGUUGUUACUGCGAAUGUCCGCCGAUAAUGUGACCAGUCUGUGGCCGAUCAUUAUUGCUGAAAUGGUGCAGGUGUUCCUUUCAAUCGAGCAGGAACUCAUGACGGAUACCGAAGAGUUCAGAUCGCAAUCGAGUCAACACAUCCGCAUGCUUUCGGGAUUGGACACCGCUUGGGUGACGAAUACAAACAACGGACUGUACUCGUAUGGGCAUCCCCACUGGCGGAUGGUUCAGCUGGAAACGGCCAAACUACUGGAACUGGGAUGUGUACUACCGGCCACCGUUUUACCGCACUUUCAGAUGUAUCGGUGGGCAUUCGUAAGCAGUCAAAAUGAGAUAUUUCUUAAAUCUGGCGGCCCGGAUGAUUCUAAAAGCGUUGCAUUCAUCCCGCACGUCACUCGAAUUUCGCAGCUGAUGGACUUUCGAUAUACAUCUCACUCACCGAAACCUCAGACCACGAAGGGAAGCCACAUCAUGCUGACCUGUCAGUCCAUCAACACGCUGCAGGAUUUGUACAGCUUUUUCUCAACGCUAUCCAUGCGGUGGCCGUCGCACAUUUCCUACACGGCCGACACCGAGAAGGACACCAAGAGCUGCCUGGAGGAGAUCGAGAAUGUGCUGGCGUUAGAUUUCCUCGAGAAGAUGCCGGCGACCAAGUAGGUCUCUGGUCAUUAAAUUUAGUACGUCCAGUUUUCUAUUUCCGUGACACAGUGGUUCAGAUGUUACUAGCUAGCAGGCGGAUCGAACGAAGCAGUAUCGGUUGGUUAGACCGAUGAACCACACUAACCUACGCUACCUGUAAAUAUUAGACUUAUUUUUUUUUAGGAACGGAUAUUUAAUUCGGCUUGUGAUUAUUGUUAAUAUGUUUAUCUGGCCUUUCGGUGCCGCUUUGAUUGUGUACAGAAAUUAUACAAAAGUAAUAUUAUUUAUUCUAAAUUAGAUAAGGCAGUAGUAGGGCAGAAAGAACACGAUAAUAAAAUUUAUUGUGACAAAAAGCGGUUCUCUUCCAAAGUGAAACGACAAAAAGUGAUAGGAUACAAAUCGGGGUAAAGCAUACAUAACGUACAGACACAAAAUGUGACCGUGAGCGACAGCGGAUGUGCGCUUGUCGCUUAUUUUACAGUUACAGGUGCUUCUUCGAGUCUAAUCGAGCGCGAUAUGCGAUAUAAAAACAAAAAAUAGCAGUGCAUAUAUUAUUUAUAACUUAACAAAGGAUCUAGUGAAUGUGUACUAAGUGAAAAUUUUAAUUAUCUAAUAAAAAGUUGCAUAAUUGUUUUAAAAAAUA